AUGAACUUCAUGACUAACAAGCUCGCAAACUCCCUCGGUAUAAAGCAAGGGAGAUGUGCGGUCCAGAUCGGAGCUCUCGACGAUUUGAGCACCACGGCAAAACGAUUCAUCACGGCCACAAUUACGUCGACGGACGGCAAGUAUAAGAAAACAUUGAGAUUUCUUGUUAUCCCGGCCAUAUCGACCUUCAUACCAAAUGAGCCCAUCGACCCCUCGAGUUUGAAAUUACCCAGAAAUAUCCAAUUAGCCGAUCCACAAUUCCAUUGCCCAGCCCCGAUCGAUGUCUUGCUUAGCACCGGAUCAACAUUUGCGUCGCCGUGCAUCGGGCAGGUCAAUCUGGCACAACCAGGCGAACCUGAACUGCGUCUACAAAAAACACGGUUCGGUUGGGAAGGCAGAUACAUCGUUGCAUUACCAUUCAACAAAAAGCUUUCCUCACUAGGGUCAUCGAAGACCGCUGCAAUGAGCAGGCUCGCAAGAUACAUCGUUGCAUUACCAUUCAACGAAAAGCUUUCCUCACUAGGAUCAUCGAAGGCCGCUGCAAUGAGCAGGAUCGCAUCUCUUCAUCGUCGAUGCCAACGCGGCAAACAAUAUGAAACCGCGUAUAGUGCUGUGAUUCAAGAAUAUUUAGACUUGGGUCACAUGACGAAAAUCAACACGGAUCACGCUACCGACCACGGACAUUAUUUACCACAUCACGGCGUGAUCAAGGAGUCGAGCGACACCACCAAGCUCCGGGUUGUGUUCAACGGCUCAGCAUCAAGUACCACGGGAGUUUCUCUAAACGACGCCCUUCACACCGGCCCGAGAUUACAAGAUGACUUGAGAAACAACCCAUUGAGAUUCUGA